AUGCAGAAAUUCUUACUUUCCAUCACCAUACUCCUUACUGGUACCAACUGUCUAAUGGAGUCUUCGUACUUAUCGGAAAGAGACGGCAAGACAAGGCGCAUCCCUCUAGAAUUAGCCGACGUCGACUCGUUCGAACAAGAAAUCUUGUCCAUCUUUGGGAUUGAAGAAGCCCCAGAGGAGCGAAGAACACGACGUGAUAAACCGUUGGUUGAAGAAGAAGACCCUGAAGCUGCUACCAUCCCACCAAUACUUUCACAUCCUCAUGCUAUAGUCAUCGAUUUUAUGAAACAACUUUAUGGCCGUAUCGAUGAUGAAAGAGAAAUGCAAGAGAACAAACUGGAGAAACUUCAAAACGCUAAUACUAUCAUCAGCUUUGGCCCGAAAAAAAUAUUCUCCAUUGGCGAUUACACGGGUGUUGCCUUUGAUGUGCUCGAUUUUCCGCGGCGAACGGCGGAUUAUGUCGAAUUGCGCAUUGAAGUAGUUGAACCGUUUGAUGGGCAGAUCCGGAUUAGCAGUAAAAAAAAUAGUGAACUUGUUGAAUAUGCCGCAGAUAUCGCUUCCACUUCUCAGCAACUAUACAUUUUUAAUAUCACGCAGGAAUUUGGAAAAUGGAUUGAAGAGGAGGCAGUUCCGGAAAUUUUUGUGCAAUUUAACAAGGAACCUAUAGGGACUUUCGCUCAGGAUUUUCAAAUUUUUGGUGUCGCAUCUUAUGAAGGGCCAUCAGCAAGGAGUAUUCCGCAGCGAAAAAAACGCUCAACUUCGAAAGAAAGGACAAUAAAAAAUGUUGGCUAUAUGUCAAUUGGGCAGCCAACGGAAGCUGGGGAAGAUGAGGGUUGCCAUCGCCGUGGUUUAUAUGUAAAUUUUAAUGACCUUGGCUGGAAGGACUGGGUAAUCGCUCCCGAAGGCUUUGAGGCAUUUUUAUGCGACGGUGCUUGCUCAUUUCCGCUUCAUAAUAAAAUGAACGCUACAAAUCAUGCCAUAGUGCAAACCCUGGUGAAUCUGAUCCACCCCGGCCGAGCGCCAUCCCCUAGAUGUGCCCCAUCCCGGCUAUCACAACAAAAAAUCAUCUUCGUCGACAAUUCAGAAAACGUGGUGUUAAAAAAAUAUCAAGAUAUGAUCGUGCAAGAAUGUGGAUGUCAA